AUGGCUUCAUCGUUCGAUUACGAUUUAUAUAUAAAACGAUGUAUAUUUGCUUGGGUAUCUGUUGGUCUUGUAUGGAAAAAUAUAACUCUUUUUCUUAUAUUAAUGAUAUUUCGUUUAAAAAGUAAACAACUAAAUCGUAUAGAAGAGGAACAAAUAUUUGAACGACAAACUGGAAAAACAAAUCGGACACUAUCAACUAUUACUCAAUCAGCAAAUCAUGUUAUUAAACAUAGAGAUUCGACUAUUAGAAAACGAAUUUUAAAAGUAUUAGAAUAUGAAACUCAUUAUAUGGUUUACUUUCUUAUAUUAUUUUUCGUUUUCACUGAAGCACUUCAAGGUACAACAACACGACAAAUUGUCUAUGGAAGUAUUUUUGUCAUUGCACGUUAUGUACAUAAUGGAGGUUUACUUUUUCAUUACCGUUAUGCACGAAUGAUUGGUAUUCUAUUCUCAAUUCUUGUAAUCGCUGCAAUAACACUUGAUCUAGCGAUUAUUCUAACAAAUGAUGUUAUACAAAAAAGUACAUUAAAUUCUAUUACAACAUUUUGA